CGGCAGAGAGCGUAUAGAAGGCCAUGACGCUUGGCUGACAGCAAGCGCUGAGAGCUCGAGGCUCGCUCGAAUUGGCAACGAGACGACGACGCGCGGAAUUGCGUCACUGCUUCGAACGGCUGAUGGUCUUGCAGGACAAGCACGGCGCAAAGGCGUCCUAUCUGGCCAAGAAGCGCAAAGGUCUGCUCGCUGCCAAGCCAGAGCCGACGCUCGGGGGCAGCUGGGGUCAAAGGGGCGUAGAUCGAGGACGGAGACGAGGACUGCUGGAAUCGACAGAUGCAGGCACGACAGACGAGCUCGAUGGUGAGGGCGUGACGUCCCAAGGGCUACAGUAUGAUGAGGUGGAUGGGGACGAUUCGAACGAAGAGUCUGACGAUGAGAACGCUCAGCAUAGACCGAGAAUCACGCCGAUCAAGCAGCGGGUACCUGCUGGUCCAGACAGCGACCUGACAGAGGAAGAGAUCGAAGAGCAAGAAGCCUUGCGACAGCAUGAAGAAGCCGAGCUCGCCGCUUUCGUUGCCAAGCAGCGCUCCCAAGAAAGUCAGGCCGACAGCCCGCCCGAGCCAAAAGAGGAGACUGUCACCUUUGAGCGUCAUGGUGGUGCGUCACAUGAACGCAGAGGGAUAGAUCGAAUACGACAUGACGCAAAGGGCAAAGCGAUACGAUUGGAUGACCCAUCGGAGCACGCCGAGCUGGGCACACAGCGAGACGAGCAUGCAGCGUUUCAGCAGCUCAAGGAACGCUUUGAAGCCGGUGGAGCCUACACGCCUUCCAAUGCCGAUCUGACAGCUCGUGAAAAGCGUGGCAAGCUGCCUCAAUUCAAUUUGAGGCCAGAUACUGUUAAGCACGACGACCAUCGUGACCUACUGAAUGGCGAUGACCAGCUUGACGAUCUGCUAGCCGGCGCAACGCUUGAUGAUAGCGAGCCGUCCAGUGCACCAGAGCGAGAGGAACCUCGUCAGACUGUUGCAUCUGCUUCUGCGUCAACCCGUUCGGACAGAGCGGACGAUGCCUGGCUUGAUAACCUGCUCAGCGAUCCCUCUGCAACAUUCGCACGUCGAAAGGCAUAGAUCGGUCAGCAACCCAUGUCGCUUGUAAUCUUACAACAGCCUGCAUUGCAUCGUGAGUGUGUAAAGUGUGACGUGACUCGUCAGAGCUCGAAAUCCCAGCUCGUUGGGUCUUGUGGGUCGUGAUUCAUAACGCGUGCAUAUUCGAGCAAGAGUCGAUAAGUGUAGGCUUGCAUGUCUUCCAUUCUCCA